AUGAGGGCGGCCCCUCAGUUCCCAUGUUUCUCACGCCCUGAGUUCAGAUUUUCCAGUGAACUGCGAAUCCUGAGGACGGAAAGCAUCCCGACGUUACAAAGUACACUUUGUACAAGAUGGCUGCAAUCAGGAAGAAGCUGUAAAGACCAGUUCCCCGAGGUCUACGUCCCCACAGUGUUUGAGAACUACAUCGCUGACAUUGAAGUGGACACGAAACAGGUGGAGCUGGCGCUGUGGGACACUGCGGGACAAGAGGACUAUGACAGACUGAGGCCCCUGUCCUACCCCGACACAGACGUCAUCCUCAUGUGCUUCUCCAUCGACAGUCCUGACAGCUUAGAGAACAUUCCUGAAAAGUGGACACCUGAAGUAAAACACUUUUGUCCCAACGUUCCCAUUAUCCUCGUUGGAAACAAAAAGGAUUUGAGGAAUGACGAUCACACACGACGAGAACUUUUCAAAAUGAAGCAGGAGCCGGUGAAGCCUGACGAGGCCAGGGACAUGGCCAAUCGCAUCAACGCUUUCGGUUAUCUUGAGUGUUCGGCCAAGACCAAGGAUGGUGUGCGGGAGGUGUUUGAGAUGGCCACAAGGGCGGCGCUGCAGGUCCGUAAGCGCAAGUCAAAUGGCAUCUGUGAGCUGCUGUGA